AUCUCGUAUCGAAUUUGAAACUGGCGGCAGUUUGACGAGAGCGAAAAAGGAGAUAGUGCAAAGUUUAAAACUUUAAAGGAAAGAUGACUGCUGACAAUGAAAUAGACAUCAAGGAGGCGUUUCAGCGCGCCCAGAAGGGACACAACAACAAGGCCAAGCUGGUGGCGAGUCUGAAGAGCCGCUACAACAAGCUUGAAGAUAAGACCCUGUUUCAUGAGGAGUUUGUCCACUAUCUGAAGUAUGCAAUGAUUGUGUACAAGCGCGAGCCUUCAGUUGAAAGCGUCAUUGAGUUUGUUGUGAGGUUUGCUACAAGCUUCCAGUCCCCACCAAGAGCAGAGGAUGAGGAAGAGGAGCAGCAGGAGGAGGAGGAGGAGGAAGAGGAAGACGAUCAUCCAUUUCUGAGUUUCAUCUUCAACUUCCUGCUGGAGUCUCAUAAAGUCAGCAGCCACGCGGUGCGCUUCCGGGUGUGCCAGCUGAUCAAUAAGCUGCUGGGCAGCAUGGCAGAGAAUGCACAGAUUGAUGACGACCUCUUCGACCGUAUUCACCAAGCCAUGCUGGUCCGGGUCACCGACAAGUUUCCCAACGUGAGGAUUCAGGCUGCUCUGGCCAUGACUCGCCUGCAGCAACCCAAGGACGCUGAAUGUCCCACCAUCAAUGCGUUUAUGUUGAUUUUGGAAAAUGACUGUAAUGCCGAGGUGCGACGUGCCGUUCUGUCCUGCAUUGCCAUGUCACCUCUGACUCUCCCCAAAGUGCUGAAACGCACCCGUGACAUCAAGGAGACUGUUCGCAAACUGGCAUACCAGGUCCUGGCUGACAAGGUUCACAUUAAAGCCCUUACCAUCGCACAGAGAGUGAGUCUUCUGCAGCAGGGUCUCAGUGACACCUCAGAAGCGGUGAGGGAAGUGGUCUGCUCUCGCCUGCUGCCCGCCUGGCUGCAGCGGCUGGAUGGGGACGUCAUCGAGCUGCUCCACAGGCUGGAUGUGGAGAACUGUGCAGAGACGGCUCUGGACACGCUGAAAGCCGUCCUCAGAAACAUGUCCACCGAGGAGCUGCUGGAGAACCGAGUGCAGCUUGACAGCAGGAGGCUGAUUCCGGUGGAUUCUCUGUCCUGUGAAAAUGUGCUCUACUGGAGAUCUCUGUGCGAGUUCUUCAAGAAAAAAGGAGAUGAAGGGGAAGAAAUGCUGGAGCAGGUGCUGCCAGACGCUGCCACUUAUGCUCAAUACCUCAGCGGGUGUCUGAAGGCAGUGCCUGUUCUGUCAGAGGAGCAGAGGGCCGACUUUAACCAGCUGGAGCUGGUCAUGACCAAAGAGUUCAUUUCACAGCAGCUCAUCCACCUCAUCGCUUGUCUGGAUACCAACGAGGAGGGCGGCAGAAAGCGUGUGCUGGCUGUUCUCCAGGAGAUGCUGGCUCUUCCACAGACCCCGUCCUCCCUGAUCUUCCUGCUCACUGAAAAACUUCUGGCUCUCAUCCCCGACGACCACAAGCGCAUCCAAACGGUGGCAGAAAUCAUCUCCGACGUGAGGGAGCCCAUCAUGGAGGCCAGCCGGCCGCUGGACGAGGCCGAGAGCCGCCGGCAGCAGGUCCAGCUCGCAGAGGUGAAGGUGCGCGUCUUGGAGGCGAAACAAACUCUGGAGGAGUGCAUCGCUGCGCAGGAGUUCAAUCGAGCCGCAGAGCUAAAGAGCUCCAUCACUGACCUCGAGAACCGCAGGAACCAGAUAAUUCAGGAAAUCGCAGAAAGCAGCCAGCCGGCAGACAAAGAGACCCGCACCGAGAAGAGCGAUCCGGAGACCCUCUUGAGAUGCCUCACCAUGUGUGCCGAGCUGCUGAAGCAGAUGAGCAUGAAGACUCGACUUGGGCCGACGAUCAGCGCCUUGAUGACCUCUCUGGUCCUGCCCAGCAUCGCCAACGCUCACCCUGCCGUCCGCAACAUGGCCGUGCUGUGCCUGGGAACGUGCACGCUGCACAGUAAGGAGCUGGCCAAGACCCACAUGGUGCUGCUGCUACAGAUCGCCCAGCUGGACGAGGUGAAGAUCCGGAUCAGCGCUCUGCGCGCCAUCAUCGACCUGCUGCUGGUGUUCGGGUUCCAGCUGCUCAGUGAAACGGCCGGCAGUCAGCCGGCGCCACCCUCCCAGUCGCCCGACAAGCAGGAGGACGACAUGGCGGCGGCGGCGGCCGUCGAGAAGGGAGAAGACACGGCGCAGAGCAUCCUCAUGAUGCUCUCCGAGUUCCUGGACAGCGAGGUGUCCGACCUGCGGACGGAGACGGCGGAGGGCUUGGCCAAACUCAUCUACAUGGGCCGCAUGUCCAGCUCCAAGAUGCUGUCCCGCCUGGUGCUGCUGUGGUACAACCCCGUCACGGAGGACGACACGCGCCUGCGCCACUGCCUCGGCGUCUUCUUCCAGCUCUACGCCCGCGAGAGCAGGGCCCACCAGGAGGUCGUGGAGGACAGCUUCCUGCCGACGGUCCGGACCCUGCUGAACGCUCCGGCCACCUCGCCGCUGGCCGAGGUGGACAUCACCAACGUGGUUGAGCUGUUUGUGGAGCUGACCCGCCCGAGUUCCCUCAUCAAGCCCUCGGCGAACACAGAGGAGGUGUGCGUGCACGACUACUUGGCGGUGCGUCUGUGCGGCGAGAUGCUGAACGACCCCACGGCCCCAGAGGUGCGUCUCUACGCGAAGACGCUGAGCAGCCUGGAUCUGAGCCGGGACGAGACGGUCAGGAAGGAUCUGCUCUCCCUGCUGCAGCAGCUCGUCCAGGUGGUGAAGGACCGGGUCUGCCUCCGCGCCCUGGAGAAGAUGAUUUAUCAGCUGGCGGACUCAAAAGAACAGACCGAGCUCCUCAGCGCCAGUGCACUCCAACCCCUGGAUGUCAACGCGGACGAACCCGCAACAGACGAUCCAUCAAAAUCCACCAAGAGAGCUAAAAGAGGUCAAAGGAAAGUCUGCGUAGCCAAGGGGGGCAGAAAGCCGAGCAGGAGAGCAGAGUCCUCAGAGGAGAGUGACGGAGAAAAUGUCCCAGAGUCGGCUGCUGUGUUGCGUCCCUCACGGAGGGCCAAGACUGCGGCGCUGGAAAAGACCAAACUGGACCUGAACACACUCAUUAACCAAGAGGCCAAUGUGUCAUGAGAGCCAUCCGCCUCAAACAGUCUGUGUCCAAGCUUUUUCCACUUUUAAACUAUACAUGUUUACAUAUUCACUUUUAUUUUGAUGGGGUCUUUGCAAAUUUAGUGAAAACCCUGGGUCACUUUAUCUCUUUCCUUUUUUCUGUGCUGCAUUUUAGUUUCGAACUUGAUAUAUAAGUGGAAUGUUGAUCCGAAGCGUUUUUUAGGACUCCUUCUGCGUGUUUUCUUUUGCAAAU